GAGCCGCCGGGGCGCGUUGGGGUCGGUUGGAGUCCGGGCAUGGCCCGGAGCCGGAGCCGACUGGCUCUACUACUCCCUCAUCUAAUGCUUCUGGGACUGGUGUCCUCUACUCAGAUCGACCCGGACUACCAGUAUUUUGGCCAGCAGGGCACAAGUGAUACCUGGGAGCUGCUGAGGUUGCAGCGAAAAAAGGUAGUGGAAGAUUCCGUCCUAGGCCCGUGGGGAGAGUGGCGUUGUUUCUGCGAUCUGGGCAAACAGGAGCGCAGCCGUCAGGUGCAGGGCACAGCGCCGGUCCCUGUGUUCAUGGACCGGGAGAACCUGGUACAGUUGAGGCCCUGCCGGCAACGGGAUUGUUCGUCUUGCAAACCGGUGGACUGCGACUGGAGGAUCUGAGCAGAGUCACUGAGGGCCUGGUUCCAACAGCAACGGGGCGGAGCUUGCAAAGUGACCCCGCCCACCCCCGACUACAAACCGCGCCCUUAGUGGUAGCUCUCGCGGACUACAAUUCUCAGAAGAGAGCACAGCAG